GAGCACCCACUUUCUGAUCAACACUGCAGACUUGUGCGGUUCACUUUGUUGUCGACAUCUUCUAAUCCCGACGACAGUUCUCCAGAUUACUGAAUGAACAUGCGGAUCCUCAGUCCACUGUGUUUACUCCUUUGCUGGAUGCUGUCAGCAGAGUCCAUGUCGAUCCGUUUCAACUUCACUCUGCGAGAUGCCAACCAGGUCAUCCCGUUGAGUAUGGUUGAAGAUUCAGUUGAUGACCUGUAUAUGGGCUGCAAUGAAGUAAUGAGGGACAUAGUCGAGCACAAAUAUUUUAAAGAACUGCAUGUGGGACCAUUUGAAAAGACCUGGAAAGAUGCAGAAAAGUGUGUCAAAGAGAAAUUCGAAAGGAGAAAGAAUAAGGCUCUAACCAAAAAACACAUGCAAGCAAUCUGUGUUUACACAGGUGAUGAUGUGUACAAGGACUUCAAUAAUGCAGUCAGGAUCAACAGGGAUGUCUAUACCUCGACAUUCCAGUUCCACAUUUUACAUUACUACCUGACUUCGGCCAUACAGAUCUUGAAUCAGAAUGACUACUGUCAGACUUCCUAUAGACGAAGCCGUGACGUGUUUACUGGCAAAGUCGAUCAGAAAAUUCGGUUUGGUUUUUUCGCCUCCAGCUCCUACAAAACAAACCAGAAAGAUUUUGGUAGUGAGACCUGCUUUAAAAUUAAGACGUGUUUAGGUGCUUUUAUACAAAGUUAUUCACAGUUUGUGGACGAGGGAGAAGUGCUCAUCCCCCCUUAUGAGACUUUCAAAAUCAACGGGAUACUUCGCGGUCCGAGUCAAAUUCCAGAAGAACUGAAUGACUGUAAAGUUGUCUUUGUCUUGGAAAGUGCAGGUGUUCUGAGCAAUGUGAACUGCAAAGCUGCGUGCGGAUAAAGGUUUAGUGGUUCUUCUUCACUAAGUAAGAAGUCUUGUUCCGCCUUCUUU